AUGCCAAGAGAAAAGGACAUCGAGUCCAACUCGGACUCGACUCACCACCUCAUCAACGACAUCGUCCAGUCCUUCUCAUGGCACGACAUGCAAGUCGUUGUCAAGGAUCGAGCCUCUGGCGAGCCUCUGCAUAUUCUAGCGGAGUCCUUUGGUCUGGUUCAUGCCGGCCAGAUGCUCGCCAUCAUGGGGCCCAGUGGCUCAGGCAAGACCACACUGCUGAACACUCUCGCCCACCGAGUUGCUGCCGCUGGUGCUACGACGACCGGCCGGGUCAUGGUAAAUAGCCAGGCCAGCGACCGUUCCAUGGUCCGCAACUUGUCCGCCUACGUUGAGCAAGAGGAUGCUUUGAUUGGGAGCAUCACAGUCCGUGAGACCAUGGCCUUCGCCGCUCGGCUAUCUUUGCCCAGUACCGUCUCCAAGAAAGAGGCUCUCUCCCGCGUUGACGACCUCAUCGCCAGCUUUGGUCUACAAGCUCAGUCAGACUCCAUCGUCGGAACCCCUAUCAAGAAGGGCCUCAGCGGUGGGCAGAAGAAGCGUCUGGGUGUGGCAAGUCGGCUCGUAACAAAUCCCAAGAUUCUCUUCCUUGACGAACCCACCAGUGGCCUGGACUCUGCCCUCAGUGCAGAAAUCAUCAGAUACAUUAAGGAAAUUGCUAUCAAGAACAAUCUUGUCAUUAUCGCUUCCAUUCACCAACCUUCAACCACCACAUACCGUCUCUUUGACAAAUUAGCCCUGCUCUCUCUCGGGAAAACUUGCUAUUUCGGCCCAGUCAACGAGGCAGACGAUUACUUUCGUCGAAUCGGAUACCCCAUGCCGCCAGCAAUGAACCCCGCCGAGUUCUUCCUUGACCUCAUCAACAUCGAUCUCGACAAGAAUGGUGAGGUGAAGAAGAGGGCCCAAGACAUCAUUCAGAAGUGGUCAUUGUCUGCGGAACGCAAGGACCUGGAGAAUGAACUGAACAAUGACGCUGCCACCACAUCAAGGACAGACUUGUCCUCCGUUAAGCUGGCGAAACCCAACCCUUGGACCGUCCUCCUAACCCUACUCCAACGCUCCUGGAUCAAGGCAUACCGAGAUGUCGUGGCCUACGAGAUCCGCAUCGCCAUGUACCUCGGCCUCGCCAUCCUCAUGGGCACCGUCUUCCUCCGCUUCCACACCUCCCAGGAAUACAUCCAACCAUUCAUCAACGCCAUCUUCUUCGGGGGCGCGUUCCUCUCCUUCAUGGCCGUCGCAUACGUCCCCGCCUUCCUCGAGGACCUGCACACCUUCGAAAACGAGCGGGCAAACGGCCUCGUCGGCCCGUUCUCCUUCAUGAUGGCUAACUUCCUCAUCGGCCUCCCCUUCCUCUUCCUCAUCGCCGUGCUCUUCUCCGUGGUCGAGUACUGGCUGACCAACUUCCGCGCCGACGGCUCGGCCUUCAUGAUGUGGGUGCUCUGGCUCUUCCUCGACCUGCUGGCCGCCGAGUCCCUCGUCGUCCUCGUCUCGAGCGUCGCCCCCAUCUUCGUCGUCGCCCUCGCCGUCACGGCCUUCGCCAACGGGCUGUGGAUGGUCGUCGACGGCUUCUUGGUCCCCAUGACGAUCCUCAACCCCUUCUGGAAGUACGUCUUCCACUACAUCGACUACCAGGCGUAUGUGUUCCAGGGGAUGAUGGUCAACGAGUUCAAGGGGAGGGACUAUGCCUGCGCGAGGGGCGCUGAUGGGCAGUAUCAGUGCAUGUACCCCAGCGACCUGAACUCGGAGGGGAUGAUUCGGGGGACUGAUGUGUUGAAGGUGUUUAAGAUUGACACCGGGCUCGAGGGAACGUGGAUUGGCAUCAUCAUUGGUAUUAUUGCGGGUUACCGAUUGCUUGGAUAUCUUGCCUUGUAUUUUCUCAGGAAGUGA